AUGGCUGCGCCCAUUGAGAAAGUUACGAAUUCGCUAAAUAUACAAUUGAAGCCUCAACAGCUGGACAUUUUGCAGUGUCUGCUUGAUAGGAAGGACUGCAUGGCAGUUUUACCGACUGGCUUCGGUCAAGGCCUAGAUAAAGAGAUUUUGAGUGGCGAGGUAGACAUCAUAUUUGGAAGUCCGGAGUCACUGUUAGGUGAAUGGCGGGCUGAACUACAGCAACUCAAUGUCACUGCAAUUGUUAUAGAUGAAUUUCAUUUAAUAUCAACGUGGGGACAAGAUGAUGAACAUAUUCACAAGAGAGCAUUUAGGAAAUGGUUUGGUGAUCUUGGAGAAUUACGUUCCAUCUUUCCAAAUGCGUCACUGCUUGCCCUUAGUGCCACUUGCACACUGAAAGUACGGAAACGUGUGUUGAAAGUGGUAUCCUUUAAGCCAGAUUUUACAUUUGUGUACUUGUCACCGGACAAAAGAAACAUCAAGUAUGUUGUAAAGAAAGUGGCAAAUGACAUUGAAAUGGCAAUGACAUGGUUAGUGGAUGGACUGGUGAACAUGGGAAGUCUAUUUCCAAGAACACUAAUUUAUUGUAAAUCAAUUAGUGAUUUGGCAAAGAUUUAUGAUUAUGUGUCAGACGAAUUGCCAGAGGACUUGUGCUCAUAUAUAGCUAUGUAUCAUUCAGAGACUGAAGAAUCUAUCAAAGAGACUGUGUUAUUGUCCAUUCGGGAGAAAGAGAGCCCUAUAAGAGUUAUUGUUUCCACUAAUGCUUUGGGUAUGGGGGUGGAUUUUAAAGAUCUACACAGCAUUAUUUUAUUUGGUCCACCUCAUUCUAUACUUGAAGUGGUGCAGGAAAUUGGACGUGCUGGGAGAGAUGGUGAAAAGUCUGUGUCUUUGCUACUUUAUAAUUCCCAUCACCUUGCCCGAUGUGACCCAGAAGUAAAGAAACUCUUUAAGAGCAAUGACUGCCGAAGAAUACAGAUGAUGGAAUCAUUUCUUAAGGAAAGUGAACUUGAUAAAGUAAAAUCUUAUGCAGGAAAUUGUUCAUGCUGUGACGUAUGUCAGAACAACUGUUUAUGUGGGGAUUGUUCUCAACUGCCAUUGGAGAAACUGUUUUUAGGGAAUCAUGUAACUUUUCCCAAUGAUCAUGAAACUUCAGAAGAUUCUGAUUCUUGAGAAUAAUUCUUCUCGACAUGGGGAUAACAAGAAUUCUGUGAGCACCAAUUAUGGCCCAGCUCUGAUUUGAAUAUACACUUUCAUGUUAAUAUACAGUGUACUAAAGUUCUUUUAAAGAAAU